GUUAUUGUCAUCACUAUUGCAUUCACAUUGUUGCCGUGCGUUGCUGCGUUUUAAUUGUUUUUCAUUGCGUUUACUGUCGUUUAACUGGGGUGCGAUAUGAAAAUCUACAAGCAAAAACUUCGCGACGUGUGGCUGCAAAUGGAGGAGUUUCGGGCCUGGUUGCGCCGCGACCCCGACGACUCCUACCGGGCGCACUGCCGCUUCUGCAAGUGCUGCGUUAACACAAAAAUCAGCGAUCUGCGUGCCCAUGCGGCCACCAAGAAGCACAUGAAGCACCUGGAGUACAAGCCCCAUCUGAAACCUUCGGACGACAGCCAGUUGAACAGGUCAUCCGCCAGCAGCUCCAAUGCCACUCCAUACAAAGUCAAACAGAAGGCCCAGCCCAAAACGCCCACCGUGAAGAAGGAAAAGCUGAGUGCCUCCGAUCAGUCCGUCGACUACGAGCAGAUCAUUGAGAAUCUGGCCCUUUACGAACCGGAGCAGGUCAUGUUCUCCAGUUGCUCCUUGACGGGCGGCGGCGAGCAGCGCCUGGAGGACGAGGUUGAGGGUGAGGGCGAGGUGUCCACCAUCAGCAUCAUGGACGAGGACAUGGUCAACAAGGCGGUGGCCAAUGCCUUACGCACCCAGAAGGACAGCUCCCAGAUAUUCGGGGACUUUGUGGCCGACCGCCUACGCCAGCUAAACACCGACGCCUCCGAAUUUGCCAAGGACAAGAUCAUGAAGGUCAUUCUGGAAGCAGCGUCUAUCGAUCGGGCCCCCACCUACAAUUAAUUUGAAACGCAUAUAAUUAGUUUUUAGUCUUGACUAGAGUUUGAAUAAAACAUGAAGUGUACAAUUAUGAUAUAUUGAACAUGCUGUUUUGU